AUCAUAGUAGGCUCUGACUUUUUACUUAUUGUGUCACAAAGAAAUUUUAUUCUCACUGACUUCUGAUACUGUAAAUUGCAAAUAUCAAGAAAAUUAUAAAAAAAAAAAUUUAAAUCAAACUUUUAUUAAAUUUUAAAAAGCGAAAUGAAAAACCAAGACUUACGUGAAAUAUACAAGGAAUAUCUAAGGCCAAUAGAUCCCGAACAACCUUUUGCCCGGAUACUCGCCCAAUUGAGGCGUCCCCCGUCGCCCCCGUCGCCGCCCAGCAAACUCCGGCAAACAUGUUUCAGUUCGAAAGUGAAGUUUCCCCGUGGUGCCGAACUAUUUCGGAAAUUGGAACAGCGAUUGGGGAAAGUGUGCAAAUGGGAUGUGUACAAGGUGCCAACGGUACCAUUGAGGUGCUCCUGCGAAACGGUCUUCCAGCACAUCGAUCCGAAUCGGAAGAAGGCGGGCCGGAAGACAGGUACUGAUGAAAAUCCAUAUAUGUUAUAUAUACAUAUAUAUGCAUGUCGUAAUGUCAAAAAGUGAUGUAAAGACAUCAAUUAAUCGGAUUAAAAAAAAUCGAUAUUGAUUUUUCAGCA